AAUUUUCUCAUAGUCUCCUCGAACAAAAAUUUAUGAAAAUCUGCUAAAUAUUAGCCACGACUCGGUACACCGUUGGAAGUGAAAAUAUUAAUGAGAAAUGGAGACAUAUGAAAGUGUUUUGUUGGUGAAAAAUGAGGUGUUUGUGUUUAAAAUACCACCUAAAACCUCAAACAGAGGGUACAGGGCAGCUGAUUGGAAUUUACAAGAACCUCAAUGGACUGGGCGAAUGAGACUUGUGUCGAAAGGUGAAGAGCUGGUGAUGAAACUCGAAGACAAGACUUCUGGGGAGCUAUUUGCGAAGUGUCCCAUUGACAAAUAUCCAGGAGUAGCUCUAGAAUCCGUCACUGAUAGUUCACGGUACUUUGUUGUAAAGAUCCAAGAUGAUAAUGGUCGAAGUGCAUAUAUCGGUCUAGGCUUUGGCGACAGAUCAGAUUCAUUUGAUCUCAAUGUGGCUUUACAAGAUCACUUUAAAUGGCUGCGAAAAGAACAAGAGGAUCAAUCAGCACCCCAGCAGCAGCUGGAUCUUGGAUUUAAGGAAGGAGAGACAAUUAAGAUUAAUAUGAAAAUUACUAAAAAAGAUGGCAGUGAAGGUAGCCGACCGCGACGAGGUGUAGGUGGCGCCGGUGGUGGAGGUCUGUUGCCGCCUCCUCCAGGCGGCUCCCGGUUACCACCUCCACCCUCACCUCAACACACCCCUUCGCCCUCAGCCCCUGCUGCACCACCUGGUGCUAACUCAGAGUGGGGUGAAUUUAACUCUGCAAGUGAGCCAAGCCAGCCUCCGAUCACACCCGCCAGCCAACAAAACUGGGUGCAAUUCUGAAGUAACACCCGAAGUAUCUUAUUGUGAUUUGGUGUCCGCAUUUUGGGUGGCAGUACAUUAAUGCACAAUACUUAAAGAAAUACUUAAUAACUUAGCGCUAGAUCAUAUCACAUGCUUUUCACAAGUAUGAAAUUUUAAUGUGUUCGUGAGAUCGUAGAUACUAUCUAUAUUAUAAUUAAUAUACGUAUACUAUUAUAACGUAGUGUAUUAGAACAGCAAGAGAUGCCAGAUCACAAUAUUCAUAAGAAAAAAAGUAUGCAAUAAUAUGUGUUUAUAAAAUUAAUCAUGGAAUUAUCGUUUAUUUUGUCUGUAUAUGUUGUAAUACUUAUGUAUAUUUAGAUAGAUAUAGUUACAGUAGGUGUUUUCGGCUCUACAUAUUGUUGUUAUCGUAUGUUCUAUAUUGUUACAAAUUGCAUGGUCAUAGACAAUUUCUAUGUAAAUAGAUGAAGUUACC